GGUUUUCCGAUUAUAGGUUUUCUGAGCGUGGUUGCCGAGAAUUGUCAACAGGGACAGCUCUGUGAGAGCUGUGAUUUCUUUAGAGAACUUGACAACUGUCAAUCAGCAGAGAAAAUACCUCAUUUUCUUUGCAAAUCGGGUCAGAUCUUCGUCAACUCGUCUGGAUACUUACUUUGUGAAGAAGGUUUGUUGAGAUUAAUUGGCUGCCAGCCUGGAACCACCUUCGAGCUGAUCACGAAAAAGUGUGUCAAGUCAAGAACUGCAGGCCGUUCUAAGAGACGGCGACGAACAGCCAUUGGCUCCUCUCUCGUGGGUGACGUUUGCUCGUUUAACACCGAUUGCCAGCAGGGAAUGUUUUGCUCCAGUGGGAACUGCCAGUGCUUGUCAGAUUUUGUCGCUGUCGAGGAACACUGUUGGCCAAAGAUAAAUCCGGGUGAAUCUGGAUGCGCGAAUUCGAAGCAGUGUGAUGCCGUCUGGCCAGAUGCCAUCUGCUCAACCACUGGUGUCUGUGAGUGUCCACCAGCGACAGUUCCAAGUCGUACAAGAGAUGGAACGGUGUGCAUCUCGUCCCUAAUUCCACCGUCGUGUCCUCUCCCUGAACCUCACAAUGGUAUCCCAAAUCCUGCUACGAUACUUGCCAAUCCGUCCACUCAUCCGUUGAAUCCCGGUGGUUACAUGCCAGUGCUUUGCACUUCGACCUCAACGGAAAUCCAUAGAUCCAAUGGGGGCGAUGGAUCGACAUGGUGUGUUUAUCCAGACGGUGACAACGACAUCUUCGUUGCCGACAUUUACGACUGCAUCUCUCAUCCUCAGGUUACGAAUGAACUGUUUCCCGAGUUUCACGACACAAUAGAUGGGAUUUGCUGUCAAAACCGAGCGUUUGUGUGCGUACAACCGAUGGAAUCUGGUGAUGAGCCCUCGGUUCCAAGAUGGUGGUUCAAUUCAGCAACAGGAAGCUGUGUUCAAUUUACUUGGGAUCCAACUACCAUUGAGGGAGCAUCGCCAAACAAUUUUAGAACCGUGGAUCAUUGCGAAAGCUACUGCAGAGAUACAUGUAAGCGUGGUGCAGUGGAAUUCACUAAGUCAUCUGCCGUGAUAUUUGAGGAGCAGCCGAAGUCAGGUUGCCUCUCGUCGGGUUUCAGAUGCAGUCAUGAUCACGAGUGUGUGCUAAUCGGAUCUUCGCAAACCUGCUGCCCCUCUACUGCUCAUCUUUGUGGCCCUUACGGUGGACGACAAUACAUUUCCAAGCCGAUAUUGAACUACGAUCGAGGUGUUGCGAUUGCUGGCAGCAAAUCGACUACACGUUACUAUUACGACGUGGAACGCAGCCAAUGUGUAAGCUUCGUCUACCACGGUCUCGGCAACUUCAACAACUUCGUAACGAAACAAGAAUGUGAGGUGUUCUGCUCCAGAUUGGUAUGCACCAACGGAAGCCCUCUCCGCAUAGGCGAGGAUUGGCAACGAUGUGAAGCGUCAACAGAAUGUCCAUCCUCCCAUUUCUGCAGUACUAGUCACCGAGUGUGCUGCCCUACUGCUCAAUCAAUUUGCACCCAACCGAAACAAUCUGGUGACUGUACGUCAACAAUUCGACGGUAUUGGUACAAUGCUGUCACUAGACAGUGCGAAAUGUUUCACUACACAGGCUGCCAUGGAAAUGACAAUAGCUUCCACUCCCUGGUUGCAUGCCAACAACAAUGCAAGGGAAUCAGAGCGGAACCGAAGUGCCCGAAUGGCCGGGCAUAUCGAGACCACUUGGGAAAAUUCGUGCGCUGCUCGCCACAAACGAGAUGCCCGCCGAACUACGUCUGCUCAUAUGAUGGUCUUACUCAUGGAUGUUGUCCUACAAAAGCGUUCACAUGUUCCUUGGCCGCAGACAAAGGAGUGAGAUGUGGCUUGGGUCGUUCCUACCGAUAUUUCUUCAAUGCAGCCAAGCAAGCCUGCGAGAGUUUCCAGUACGAAGGAUGCGAUGGAAAUAGCAACAAUUUCCUCACCGCCCAACACUGUGAACAAUACUGCGGAGUGGGAGGUUGUCCAAAUGGAGGAUUUCCUCUACAAGAAGAAAAGUCAGUUCGACCGGUGGCUUGCUCUGGAUUGAAAGGCUGCCCCUCUACUCAUGAGUGUGUCGCUAUUCCAUCGAAAGGCAAUGUUGCUAAUCGCUGUUGUCCAACCAAAGAGCACAUCUGCAGUCAACCUCCAUUGGCAGGGAGUCAGUGUUCGAGCGUUACCACAUCCCGUUACUACUUCAACUUAGUCACCAGGCAAUGCACCUCCUUUCACUUCAAUGGAUGCAGCGGCAAUCUGAAUAAUUUUGCCAGUAAAGAGCUGUGCAACAACUUUUGCUCUAGCGCAGCCUGCGAACUUGGUGAGACUGUUCUGAAAGAUCCUGGAACUUCGCGUCCUUUCCGUUGCAACAGUGAUUUGCGGAACAGUUGUCCACCCAAAUACCAGUGUCGUUUCAGCAAACUGUUAACGUAUGCAGUGUGUUGCGGUUCUCCUGUUACCGACCAUUGCCCCGAAGGCGAACGUCCAUACAUGGUUUCAAUCGACGAGACGGUUAAGGAAUGCUCAGCGAACAUUCCUGGAAGUUGUCCCGCUCAAUUUCUAUGCCGCUUCAAUCUUCAAAAAAAUAAAUACUAUUGUUGUGCUCCUGAUUCAGAAAAUUUCUGCCCCGAGGGAAGGGCUUUGUUUCGCUCGCGACAAACCUCUCUGCCUCAUCGAUGUGUUCUUAACUUCCUGAAUGAAUGUUCUGCUGGAUUCAGCUGCCAAUCCCGAAUCAAAGGCGUCACUCAAGGAUUCUGCUGUACAGAACGAAGCGUUUGCAAGGGUGAUGCCCAAUUCAUUGUCGACGAUGGCACGAAAAUGCCUAGGAUUUGUACUCCUGGACUUCUUCAUUCAUGUCCUAUCGGCUAUCAUUGUCAACUGCCCAAACCGCAUUCUACGAAUGGAUUCUGCUGCAAAGUAGAUGUUGACGUUAUCACAGAAGGAUGCCCACCAACGGAAUAUGCGCUCACUGAUGGGAAGAAGGUAGUCGAGUGUGACCCAUUCAACUCGAGCCGUAGUUGCCCGGCGGAGUUCUCCUGCCAAUUCGCCGUUCUUUUUCAGCGUUAUCAGUGCUGUGGAAAAAUUCCACCUGAUGGCUCAGAACUUAGCAGCCGAGGUAAGACAAAAUCGGGCCGUACAGUACGAAUAAGAUGA